AUGGACGUGCCGGCUGAAGCAGUGUUUGAGAACACUGCUGCGGCCGUAGCCUGCGUGGCCUGGGUAACCCUGCUCGUGGUGCACUGGCAUGCGACGAAGGCAGAUGUGAAGUCCGGGGUGUGGAAGUUCCUCCACUUCGCAGAAAACUGGGCUCACGGGAAGGGCUCGGGUCUCAGCCCCAUGGCCGCCCGCGUCGAGAAGGAGCUGAUAGAGGUGCGAGUGAAGAUCUUGAUGUUCUUCAACCGGCUCUGUGUUCAUGUGGUCUUUCUGAUGAUCUUUCUCCAGCUUGUGGAGUUCUUGUGUGAGCCCAGCCUGCACGCGGCGACCUGGUUGCUGCAAUCUUUUGCUGCAUAUUUGCCUCACGUCCUGAUCAUCGCAGCACCGUGGCUUUUCUCGUCUUCCCUUCUGCGGCCUAUGCAGCUCUUCUUCUUUGUGCUGGUCUUGACCACCAUCUUCGUAAGCGGCUCCAACAGCAAGCACGAGAUGAUGGGGCGGCUCGGCUUUUGCCUAUCAGCUCAAGUUGUUCAGGCAUUCAUUUUCCCUGUGGGUGCGUUGACGGUGGUGCAAUCCAUCUCCUACGCCGCUGCCCACACAUGGGUCAUGGGGCAGGCCUUCGGAGCUGUGACCCUGUGGCUGGUAUUGUUCCAUAUGUGCUUAAACGUUUUGGUCUCCAUCGCCCUCCCCAUCAUUUUCGAGUUCGCCGUGCGGGAGUGGAUUGUGGCAUCGUUUCAGUCGCAAGACUCAGACUCCUUGAUUGAGGGUUUUCGGCAGAUGCUGAAGGGCAUCUGCGACGGAGAGCUGCUUCUGGAUGGCAACUUCCAGAUCUGUGGCAGAGCGCCGUGCCUCCAACGGCUCUUGUCAAGCAGAGAGGACUUCGACGGACACAGCUUUCGUGAGCUCAUCGUCGAUGACAAGGCGAGGAAACUCUUCGACGGCUUCCUGGCGAAGGGCGGGGCCACGAGCGACGGGGCGGAGUGUGAAGAGGGUGACGAGCGGCGUCGCCUGCGAGCCGUCGCGGCACCACGAUGUCUACGAAUGCCUCUCCGGGCCCCUUCGGGUCAGGCGAUUUCGGUGGACGUCUUCCACGUCCCGCUGCCUCCCAGUCUCUAUGGCGACAGCACCACCUACCACUUGCUUGCCCUGAAGCAGGAUGUUGAUUCCAUGCCGGUCCCAGAAGCGGACCCGACGCAGCAUGUGCUUCCCAGCAGCCUGCUGGAAUCCAGGAGGGCCCCGACGGCGCGCUCCGCUGCCAGCAACGAGUCUUACGAAGAAUGCUACGACGAGCUGGCGGAGAUGACCUUGCUGGUGAAUGCGAGCACGGCGCUGAUGGACAUCGAGGAGGCCCACCUGCGAUUCGUGCGCACGACCGACGAGCCCCAGGUGCGGAUGGGCAUGCCCACCCUAAAGCGCUUUGCCCGGCCGCUGGACUGGGUUGGAAUCGACGCCGUCCUGCGCAGAUACGCGCGAACCGUGCAGGAGGCUGAAUGCCCCCAGCAGGUGCCGGAGGAGAAGCAGGCGUUGCCGUCGAUGACGAUGCGUGUGCCCGGGGAAUCGAGACGGCACCUCCGCGCCAGGCAUGUGUCCAUCAGCUCGCCUUUUCCGCGUCAUCACGCCGCUGAAGAUGUCUUCCUGUUCUUGCAUCU